AGGCGCGGUUAAAGAAUUGUUUGCUUUAUCUUUAAAAAAUCCAAAACGAAAAGGACUCUUAAAUGCCAUUCGUCGUCAAGGAAACUUCGUUUUAAAUUCUAAAUCGAAUUGUAUUCGGCCCGUACGAAGACCAAAAACAGGUGAUGAAAAUGAUGAAAACAUGCAAAAUUUAAAAGAAAAGUAUGUCGUAUGCAAAGAUUGUUUAGGCUACUUUAAACGAAAUUAUUUAAGACGCCAUCGAAAGAGAUGCUCAUUGAGAUCAGUUCAGAAUCCUGAGUCGGAUCGAGAACAGCACUUGUCAAGUGCUCAAUUAUUUUCUGUGUGCUCUGGGGCAUAUAAUGAUUUUUAUUCCUCUUUAAGAUUAAAAAAUGAGGUAUUUCCAAUAAUGAGAAACGACGAAAUUGCUAAACUGGCAAUGAACGACAUACUUAUUUGCUGUUAUGCCGAUAAUUUGUUAAGAAGACAUAAACGCCCUCAAAUUAGAAAUUCAAUAUCUAACAAAAUGCGAGAAUGUGGCCGAUUAUUAUUGUGUUUAAAAAAUAUGACUGGUCUUCAAAAAUUAUUUGACUUUUUAAAACCUCAAUUUUUUGACAAUUUCAUAGCUGCUACCAAAGUAAUAAGUGGCUAUGAUCCAGAAACCUUCACUUUUAAAACAAGUAGUUUGCCUUUGCACAUGGGAACUACCCUUAAACAAAUUUGCGAUUUAGCCACAAAAAUGGUGAUAAAAAAAAGUUCUCUAUUUAGUUGUUCUGAACAAGAAGAUACUUUAAAAGAAAUCAAACAAUUAAAAAAACUUAUUGAAACUAAUUGGAACUGGGAAAUUUCUAGUUUGGCUUUGAAAAAUCUAAAUGAAAACAGACAUAUUAAAGCCAAAUUAUUACCUUUGACGCAAGAUGUUAUGAAAUUUCAAAAAUUUUUACGUGAAGAAGCACAAAAAUCAUGCAAAGCAUUACAGGCAAACCUUCAAAUAAAAGUCUCUUACAGAAGAUUAUCAGAAUGCGUUUUGUCAUUAACACUACUUUUAAAUCGAAAACGUAUUGGAGAAAUUGAAUAUUUAAAACUUAACCGAUAUAAUGAGACCGUUUUUCAAAACCAACAUGAUGAAUUUUUAGAUUCACUUUCAAACACAGAAAAAAUUUUAUUAAAGAAGUUUAGAAGAGUAAUUACUGAAGGCAAAGGCAGUAAACCCGUCCCUAUUUUAUUUCCUAUAGACUUACAAAAAUUUAUUGAGGUUUUAAUUAAUCAAAGGCAGUUUUGUGUAAAAGAGUCAAAUGAAUAUUUAUUUGCCAAUCCCAAUACAACAAAUAAAUCGCUAAGUGGUUAUCAUACUUUGAAAAAGUUAGCCCAAGAAUCAAAUGUUGAAAACGCAAGCCUAUUUACAUCCACAAGAUUAAGAAAACAGAUUGCCACAAUUGUCCAAGUUUUAAAUUUGAAGGAAGAAUAAAUGGAACAGUUGGCAGGGUUUAUGGGUCAUACACGUAAAACACAUGAAUCAUUUUACAGGUGACCAAAUUUAUUUAAAAGAAGUACUAAAACAUUUUAAAUAAAGCAUGCAUGAAUAAUUAUACAACAUUUUUCUAGGUUACAAAAUAUUUACUUUAAUUAUACUUGCCUAAUAUAUAUUUUUAAGGCCCCCACAAGACAUCUAUCAAACUGCCAAGGUUUCAAAAUUAUUGCUUGCAAUUAAUAGUGGCAAGGGUUCCUUAUACAAGGGCAAACAUUUGGACGAAAUUAAUUUGUCAGAUAUAGACAUGGAUUCAGAUCCGGAAGAAGAAACUUUAGAUAAAGAAGAGAAUUCUACACAAGAGGAUGUUACACAAGGAUCAAUUUCACUAACAGAUUGUAACGUGAUUAAUAAUAAAAGAAAAAAUCAUAUUAACCAGUUGAGAAAGAAGAAGAGCAUAAUGAGGAUAAGAUGGACAGAAGACCAGAAAAUUCUAAUUAAAGAUAAUUUUAAAAAUCAUAUUAAAAAUAAAAUUGCACCUAAAAAAGAAGAAACGGAGAAUUUCUUAAAGAAACAUAAAGGACUUUUUAAUGAAAGAAAUUGGGUAAAAAUAAAAGCUUUUGUUUAUAACUGUUAUAAAUGAG